CAAUGUCCCUCCCAUAUAAGGAAAGGUAUAAUAUACACAACUAAAAAUGAUCAUGCAUUCUUUGAAGAGCGAGCUUCUAAGGCCCUGCACUAACCAUUACUUCCAUGGCGUGUGUGUUCUACUUUGUAACUCUAUCUUUAGUUCUCUUUAAAGGGAACUGUUUGUCCUGCAUACAGUGCAACAGCUUCAAUGACACUCCCUGCAUUGGUAACUCCCAGACUUGUUCUUCCUCAAAUGAUGUUUGUGCAUCUACACUAAUACAUCAAACAGGAGAUAUGUGGCACAGCUCCUUUUUUAUUAGAUACUGUGCUAAUGUCAAGGAGUGUGAUAAAUCAGGAAUAGUAUCAAAUCUUUAUACCACAACACUAUCCAGCACAAAAUGCUGUAACUUUGACAACUGCAGCCCACCUGCUCCUUCGUUGCCUUCACAAAACAACACUGAGAAUGAACUUAUCUGUCCAUCUUACUUUGAUGCAAAAUUGGAAGCCUGUGAUAUAAAAAACUACACAAAAUGCACUGGAGACCAGAAUCGAUGCAUACGCUAUUCUACAACUACAACUUUAGCUUCAUCAAAAUCCAGCCUUUACGUUGGUGGCUGUUCCACUGAGAGCCUGUGUCUGAUAAGUAACAGCUACAUAUCGGCUCCUAGAUUGACUCUGGAAGUAAAACGAUCAUGUAGCAACAAAGCAAGCGCUCUCAGUUACACCCUAGGGAAUAUUUAUUUAUCUGCAUUAUUCUGCAUAAACAGCCUUUUCCUUCAUUACUAUCUGAUGUUGUAAAAUAUAUUUAUUUUGUUGUAAAAAUGAAGCUAUUCGAGGGAGUUGAGAGUAAGACUGAAACCUUCAUGAUUUGGAUAGGGCAUGCAAUUUGUCUGCAUUUAAAUUUGGCUGUUAUUAUCAGAAUGGUGACUGUUACAAACCUUGAGGGUUUGAAAUUAACUGUGUAAGUAGUUUGUAAGAUCAACAGAGGGUACAGUUUUAGGUGACACAAUAUGAAAUGUUUAGUAAGACCAAGACCCAAACAGCUGAAUUGCCCUACAUCAAUUUUGUCUAUGCAUGUUUAUAAAUAAAGAAUAGUAGGAAAUGGAAAAAAUAUUUUUCUUUUGAGAGAUUGCAUUCACCUUCACGUUUCCCUCUCCUGUUUUAAAAACUCCCACACAGGGAUUCACUUGAUCUCCACUGAUGCUUUUAAAAAGCAGAUGGGUACAAUUGGAUGGAUAGAUCAAGAAACCACAAUACACAACAAUAUCCUACUUGCAGCUUAAAUCUAGCUAGAUUCUCCCAAAGGUCUAUAAAAAAAACAAAAAGGAAAGAUACCAACAUUGCAUAAUCAAUUUACAACUAAAUGACACAUUAAGAGGAAAAUACACACAGGGGCUUAACAGAAGAAUAUUCUGUAUUAGAUGUAAAAAGUAUGGACUUGAGGUGAAGACAUGCUAUGCUUGACUCACAAGUGACCUUUCCAGUAUCAGGUCUCAGUUUAACCCUCCUUCUUUUGUUCAUAAUCAAGCACUUCUGUAUCUGGUCCCGUGCAGGCAAUUCUAAAUCAGGGUCCAGAAUAGCCACUUCUUUUUUAGCCACACUGAUGCCAAGUUCCAGGAAAACAUAUUGCAAUGCCUUUUUAAAGUAUUAUAAAGAGUGUUAGGUUUCUCAAAUUAGAUAUCUUUAUAUCUCUCACUUAUUUUUGUGCUUUUGCUAAGUCGUGUCUCUUUUUCUGCCGCACAUUUCCUCUCAUGCCCCUCAGAAUGCUGUACUCUGAAAAUCAUAAUAAAUAUAUUUAUAUUUCUAAUAAAACAUGCUGUUGUCUUGUGUAUAUAGAUAGGCAUGGAAGGAGAAUGGUAACAAUCAAACCACUUCAGAACUGGAAAAACAGGGUGGAUCAUAAUGCUACAAUAUGGAUGGCUAUAUUCACAUCUGUAAGGAAGGAAAAACUUUUCAUGAUUCCAUACACAAAAUAAUGAAUCAAUAGUCAGCGUAUUAGCAGGUUUCACAUUGUUUUGUUCUUAAAGCAGUGUGCUUAUCUCAAAUAUAGAAGGGGAGGUCGCAUUCCGUGCCCUCAGAGCUCUGGUUAGCUGUUUUGCAAAAUAAAAGUGUCUAAAAACCCCAUCAAAAAUAUAUUACAAAAUAUACUUACACUCAUAAAAACAUCAUCUGAUAUAAAUUAUAUAAAAAAAAAAAAUAUUGCACACAAAAGGGCUCAAAGAAAUGAAGUCUCAGGUGUUAGAGAAGAAAAAAACAUCAGUCUAAGUGCUUGGAGUGCCUUGGAGCCCUUUGCAGUUAAUAGAGGAAAACUUAAAAAAACACGUAAAAGCAUAUUUAUGCAAUAUUCAUAUAUUUAAUAAAGUGUUAUACUAUGUAUUUACUGUAAAUAUUUCCCAUUCCAAUGUCCUGCAAAUAGCAGAAUAUGUUCUAUGUAUUUUAAAUAGAUAUAUAUCUGUAUAUAUCUAUACCUCUAUAUACUGUAUUCAAGUGUGUGUAUAUAUAUAUAUAUAUAUAUAUAUAAGCAAGCACAGAAGAGGGCACACACGGGUUUUAUAUCAUCCAAAGUUUAUCUUUAUUCAAUGUAUCACAUCAUGUAAAAGUCAUGAGUGCCCUCUUCUGUACUUACUUUUGUAUGAAUAUUAUUGAGGAGUCACCUGGUCAACUACUGUGAGAUCAGUGAGUGCAUGAAAUUGAUAGAAUAUAUAUAUAUAUAUAUAUAUAUAUAUAUAUAUAUAUAUAUAUAUAUAUACUAUAUAUAUGUAUAUAUAUUUAUACUGUACCACAAAACCAUCAGAUAUAUGUAGAAAUAUGUAUUUAUAAAUAAAUGUAACAUAUUCUUCUUUGUUAAGAACAUUGGAAUGGAAAAUAUUCAUAUUUUCAUGUUGAGUUAGCACACUUGAAAAUAUGUGAUCAGGUUUGCACACGAGUAGGGUGUAUUUUUCCACUUCUUUUUCUCCAUUGAAUUAUUUGGGGAAUACAUGAACAUGUACGCGAUUUCCUAAGUUCGGCUAUUUAUGUUCGUCAGUUAACUUGCAAGCGAAAACAGUUUACUUUCAACUCAUAAUACGAGCACAAUCCAACGAGCACAAACAGCUAACUUCUAUCACAGUUAACGCUCAAGCAGGAGCGUUAAAUAUCAUUCUACUUCUAAUUUGGCACUAACUGUUUUAAUUAUUAGACUUGCUAGGGGGAAAUAUAUUAGCUUGGAAAGGUUAGAUUAAAAAAAGUUAUUUGGGGAUAAAUUUGUGAACAUUUGAGAGAUCUGACAUUAACACUUGUAACAUCUGCUGUGUGGUGAUGCUGUAUCUGGCUUUAAUUAUGGCUUCCCAUGUAUGCUGAUAUUAAUGCCUUAUUUGACACCCGGAGAUAUGUAAUAUAUUUAUAGUUUAAACAUAACCUUGCUUAUAAGCUGAUUACUGAUUUAUAUAAUUGCAAUAUGUUCAUAAUAAACACUGCUAUUAUUAUACUACA